AUGCUCGAAGGCCACGGCGAUAGGGCUUAUAUUCCGCCGUCAUCACAGCAUUUGAACUCUUCUGGCUGGGCCGAAACUAUCGCCUCUGAAAAACGAGCUGGACAAGCUGAAACUCCUCACGGGUACCCUCCAUCGAUGGCGCCACCGUCGUUGACUACCGGGACCAGGCAAUUUGAACAACGCACGUUCAAAACACGCUCUCCGGAUAAUGAGCUGCCCCAAGGCGCGCAAGGGGUCUUGGAAGGGAAUGGGCCGAAGUCUGGUCCCGAGUCGAUACAUUUUGACUUUGUUUACGACCCCUCUUCGAAGGCACACAAGGACGUGUCCGCCCGCCUGCAGUUGGACAUCGAACCUGACUGGGAGGGCGAUCUGGAAGAGUUUUGCCGGCUCAAGAGGUUGGGGCUUAUAAACCAGGCCAAGAAACAUUUCUGGUCUGCUCUCGGGCAUGUCAGCACGCUGCCCUACGUCCGAGUACAGUACGCCGAGAUGCUCCAGGCAUGUGGCGACUACAAGGGGUUCCAGGCCCUCCCUUUCCCGAGUGACUGGUAUUUCCCGCUGGUGGAUGGUACCCCAGCCGACCGCAACAUGGGAAAGCUGGUCGCCAACUAUGCGCUAUUGGAUCUCCUCUCACAGCGCCACUCUGGCGACUACCUCCAGAGGGCAUGGCAAGUUGUCCGCCAUACAUUCAAGGCACUCGCCCAUGAGCUGUCUAUGGGUUCGACAGAGAUUCAGCUUGCGGUCUUGUGUUUGCGUGUCUUGACACACCUAGAAAGAUGUACCCAUAGCGGCGUCGUGGAACCAGCCAUCAAUUAUGCAAGGUCCGUGCUCGACUGGCGGAGACUCUACCACGACCUCUUGGGCGAUAAAUGCAUCUGGGACUUCCGGGACCUCUUUUUGGCAACUGUUACCCUUUUUAGCUGGCCCGAAACACUGACGAUGCUUCUCGGCACCACCCACCUACCCGAAGCUGUGAACACCAUCAUAAAAGACUGGAGUUGUUUACCGGCGUUUGAUGAAGCCCCCGUGCUGGGCCUGCUCGACCUGUUUACAUCCCUGAUUCUCCAGGACCACAGCCCGGGGAUGAAGAUCCGCAACGAGUUGCUGUGCCGCCACGCUGUCACAAUGGUAGACUCUAUACGACAGCAUGGCCGGGAGCUUAUGAGGACUCGACCGUACGUUCAGUGGUUGUUAGCCAAGACCAUUUGCGAGCCCGUGCCUGCCUCUGAAGACCUGGUCGGCGUCCGUGCCGCGGACUUGAACGGAGUGACGAUCCACCAUGGCGAUGGUGUCGAUUUACCAAUCUAUAUACCACGUCGGCGUUCUGGGAGCCCCACAUGGGAUAUGUUCCUCGUUCACUCUACCCCGAUGCAGCAGUGGACUUUGGAGAUUGCUGCUAAAGCGGCAGAGGAGAUGGGUGACGGGAACUUGCUCACGCAGACCCUGAAACUCCUCAUUCUUCGGGCCCGGGAUCCUAAGCCUUGGGUGCAGACUCUGACAAAGCUGCAGGCGGAGAUCCAGGGAGAUAAGGAAGGGCAUCUCGCCACCUGUUUGUCUACAUAUAUCAUGGCCGCUGCCGACCCGAUCCAGGAAUCCGCCUUGCUGAGAGCACUCCAGAAGCCCGGGAACGGCAGCCAAGGCGCCCUUCACUUCGAGGAUUGUCAAAACGCAUCCUUGAAAUGGGCUUGGGCUAUGCUCCGCGCUCUACUGAAGUCAGAAAACAAAGCCGACGGCCCCCUUCUCGGGGCACGUUCGUCCUUCUUACCCCAAGGCUUUUCGCUGGACGGCUCAAAACUCCCUCCUUACCUGGCAGACUUUUCCCGAGAAAAACUGCAAGCUUCAGUUUCCCAGCCCAUGAGCCCACUGCCAGUAGAUGCGGACGAAGAAGUGAACCCCAGUAAGAAAGAAGAACCUGGGGCAAAGGAGCAACAUGCAGGAGCCCGUGCGCCCAACCCAAACCCCAAUUUUUCUGAACACGUUGAAGUUCCUCCCAGAGAAGAGACACAUACUGCUCGGAGUUGGGAUCCCUGGCGCUAUGAGGGUUACCGCCCUCCCAACCCUUUCACACCGCACCCGACCCCUUGGGACCAUCCCGACGGCCUCGGGAACGAUCCACAAGCCGAAACUGGGGAUCCGUAUACAAAAGUAAAUGACUGGAUGGGGGGCAGCCCCCAGCAGGGUCCAGAAAACCACCACAACCCAAGCGGGAGAAGGAGUCAGGCUGGAUCCAACGCAGCAGCGAACGGCUCGGACUUUUUAAACGGGGAUCCGAAUGGUUAUUCGCAUGGGUAUUCAGAUGAGUAUGAUUCCGGGGCCGAAUGGGAGGACUAUGAUUCGCUUGUUUCCUUGGAGCAUUGGGAAAGCGAGCACGGAGAACAACCCUCGGCUCCAUAUAGACCAUAUCCUAACGACUAUCCAUUCUCUAACGACGACUGGAACAAUGGUGGACCACCUGAGUAUGUGCCGCAGACGCGCACGAAGGUGCGGUUCGACAAUAACCCGCCAUCGACCCGACAACACCAGAGGGAGGAGCCCAGGAGAGUAGAGACGGUCCGGAAAGGCGACAGGGUCUACGCCACCAUUCCGAAGGCUAGCAAUAAACUUCAGCGGGAGUCUCAACGUCGCAGGUCACCGUCUAGAGAGGAUCAACAGGCCCGGAACGACGCUCACCACCGCGACUUUUUGAUCUCCUUCCUGAAAUUUCUCCGGGAGAGCGAGCGCGAUGGUGCCAAUGUCAGUCAGGAAACAUGGUUAACGACGGCCGAGGAAUUGGUCGAUACGCUGGGAGAAAGCGAGUAUCCCAACCCUGAUAAGAAGUAUCCCGAGCCUGAUGAAAGGCGCCCCGUCGACCCCUCUCAUGAGCAAUCCUCCGCGAACAAAGCGAAAGCUGCUGAGCCGUCGUCCGCCUCUCACCCGACGAAACCUACAAAGGGGAUCCUGCGCACUCCUGGUGACCGAGCUUCGAAAAAGAACAACACGCAGAAGAAACCAGAUAUCGCAUAUCAUUACGCGCGGGGAACCAAAGCGGGCGACGGUGCAUAUGACGGCGACGAGAGUUCAUGGGAAGUCGUACCAUCUUUGUCGGGAUCGGAAACUGUGGGGGAGGAGGAAGGGGAGCGGAAGCUCACGGCCCAUGAGAAGUUGGAGAUGCAUCGGAAGAUACUGGUGAAGAUGCAGCAGGGUGUCCAGCGGAAGAUAGAGGAGGAACUCGAGCGAGAGCGAGUGCGCGCGAAAGUUGAAGGGAAAUCUUCCUCUUUUUCUUCUGGCCCUAACCGUCGAUCAACGAGCAAGAAGGAUCCAGGGCCGUCGGGGUGGACUAAAGACAGCGCGGCAUCUAAACCGGUGAAAGGACCCACGCCGGCCCAAACCCAGCCCGGAACCGAUGCCGCGGAAACAAAAACAGCAACGACCACAGCGCCACAGCGUGUGCCGGCGUCGCGAGCACGGCCCGAUAGCGCGCCAACGUCCAUGCCGAAAGCACCCAUGCCGCCUCAGCCAGACGAAGCAAGCGCGAAUCAAGCCCCUGAACUGAUUAGUGUCGACGACCUAUGGAAUAUGGUUUUCCAAGCCACCAGGAAGAGACAGGGGAAGGACAACCCGAUUCCCGCCGAGCAAAAGGGAGUGCCUCCCGUUGUGUCCCCGAUCCCGGAUCCUGCUGUACAGGUACCACCGGCCGUGGCAAGCGGAUCUGGCGAGGGUGGUGAGAAGGAGCCACAGAAGACGGCCGAGAAACUGGACCUAAGGGCUACAGUAACGGAUGACCAUGAAUCAGAGUCUCCGCUAGACUCCAAGCUCAAGCAGGUAGAAGCUGAACCCGGCAUCGAAGAACCGGAACCUGCACCCGAUCUGGGCGCCAACGACUUAACGACCCCGGCACAAGGAGAAACAUUGAUGGGCGAACCGUCGACUGCUGAGUAUCAAGUCCGAGCCGAGGAUGCCAGCGACGACAAGAGCAAGAACGACGUACCACUCGGCGCACGGUGGACUAAGAUCAGCUGUAAGCUCGUGCACCCGGACGUGUUAAAAAUUGGCAAGGAGCGUUUCAAGGUCCGCGAUGACUUUAUCGUUGUUCUGCGUGUACUCAGCAAGCAGGAGAUCCAGGCCUACAUAGAUGCGACGGUGACGUUGAGAGAACGCCGAAAGAAAGAGAUGGAGCGUGAGAUAUGGGAAGCGGUUGGGUAUAACGAAAAGCGUGACCGUAGUGGCGACGACGACGACAGGCACUCGAAGUACAGGGAAAAGGAUCACGAGAGGGAGAAAGAUAGGCACCGCCGUCCCGAUGGCGACGGCAAAAACUGGGAUGAUCAACAACAACAUGAACAGAUCAACGAUGGCCCACAUCAGCAUGAACAAAUCGAUGAGGGACAAAACCAACAUAAAGAAAUCGAUGAUGGGGCGACAGCCCUCUUUUCUCCCCGACCUAACUCGACGCCAUCCUGGCUGAAUAUCAUUUCUAUAGAGGAGUUGGAUGAAACAGAGUCGAAACCGGAGGCGAAAGCAGAGGCUAGGGAAGAAGGCGAGGCUGAGGUCGAAGGGAAAGGGAAAGGCAAAGACGAGACUAAAAGCGAAAACAAUGAGUUGAUGUCCCUGAUCUGGGUUGGUGACCAAGGGAAAACUGGGGAGGAUAACAACAAGAACAAAGAAAAUGACGGCAAGGAUAACGACAAGGAUAACGACGUCGAGGAUAUCGACUACAAGAAGGCCACGUACAAGGACGACGACAGUGUGAGCAUAGGUAGUGCGAUCGAGUUUGGUAGCAACAGGUUGCGUCGGCGUGCAGCAACCAUAGGGGUUGCUGGAACGAUGUCGUCGCAAGACCCGGAAAACAAGAUAAAGAAGAAGCACGAUUAUGCGACGGAGUAUAUACGACAAGCACGGGGCUCAUUUUCAAGUGGUGGGAAGAACUAG